AUGUCCUCCGCAGUCGUCCAUGGCGACGAUCUCGACUUGGAGCCCACGCUCCAGUCCAUCCUAAACCAGAAUACCCUCCGCUGGAUCUUCGUCGGAGGUAAAGGAGGUGUGGGUAAAACCACCACCUCGUGCUCCCUCGCCAUCCAGCUCGCCAAAGUCCGCAAAUCCGUCCUCCUCAUCUCCACCGACCCCGCGCAUAACUUGAGCGAUGCUUUUGGCCAGAAGUUUGGAAAGGAGGCCCGCCUCAUUGAUGGCUACACCAACCUCAGCGCCAUGGAGAUCGAUCCCAACGGUAGCAUCCAGGAUCUCUUGGCUAAUGGUGAGGGUCAAGGCGAAGACCCCAUGGCCGGCAUGGGCAUGGGAAACAUGAUGCAAGACCUGGCAUUUAGCAUCCCCGGUGUUGACGAAGCCAUGUCUUUCGCCGAGGUCCUGAAGCAAGUCAAGUCACUCUCCUACGAGACUAUCGUGUUCGAUACCGCACCAACCGGCCACACGCUACGUUUCCUCCAGUUCCCCACCGUGCUGGAGAAGGCCCUGGCCAAGCUCUCCCAACUGUCAACGCAAUUCGGCCCGAUGCUGAACUCGAUUCUCGGCGCACGCGGCGGUCUGCCGGGUGGACAGAAUAUGGACGAGCUGUUACAAAAGAUGGAAUCUCUGCGCGAGACUAUCAGUGAGGUGAACACACAGUUCAAGAACCCGGAUAUGACCACCUUUGUCUGUGUUUGUAUCGCGGAGUUUCUGUCCCUCUAUGAGACCGAGCGUAUGAUCCAGGAAUUGACUAGCUACAACAUUGAUACCCACUCGAUUGUCGUCAACCAGCUGCUUUUCCCCAAGGAGGGAAGUAGCUGUGAUCAGUGCAAUGCUCGUCGGAAGAUGCAGAAGAAGUAUCUGGAGCAAAUUGAGGAACUAUACGAGGACUUCAAUGUAGUCCGCAUGCCGCUAUUGGUUGAGGAGAUCCGCGGCAAGGAGAAACUGGAGAAGUUCAGCGACAUGCUGGUGCACCCCUAUGUCCCCCCGCAGUAA